AGCAAACAUCACCCGAUUAUGAAAACAGCAAGGACCAAAGUGCAAGAAUAAUGGAUAGUAAGCUAACAUAUUCCCCAAAAGAAGAAGAGAGCUUGAGAGUUGGGAGCAAGCGAGGUGGUUGGAUAAGUUUUUCAUUCAUCAUUGGUAUAGUAACGGGGUCUUCACUUGCAAGCACAGCAAUUAUAGGAAACUUGAUUGUGUAUCUCAUACGAGAAUUCAAUAUAAAGAGUAUCAAUGCUGCUCAGAUUGUAAAUUUGGUUGUAGGAAGCACUAAUCUAUUUCCAAUUGUUGCUGCAAUCAUUGCUGACUCUUUCUUUGGCUCUUUCCAUGUUGCCUUUGCUUCUUCUUGUAUUGCUUUGAUGGGAACAGUAAUUUUAACGUUGACAGCAACUAUGAAUUCAUUGAAGCCUCACCCAUGCAUCAAUGGACCCACCAGUUGCAAACCAGCAACAACAGUCCAAUACACUGUUCUAUACAUAAGCAUAGUGCUAAUAUCAAUUGGUUUUGGUGGUGCACGUUUCACAACAGCAUCGCUAGGUGCAAAUCAAUUUGAUAACCAAGAUCAUCGAGCAACAUUUUUCAAUUGGUAUUUUUUAGCUUUCUUUGUUUCAUCUGGAGCUGCCUUAACUGUAGUUGUUUACAUUGAGGAUAAUUUGGGCUGGGCCUUGGGCUUUGGUAUAUGUGCUGUGGCCACUUUUGUUGGUUUGGUUGUUUUUUUAUUGGGCUAUCGAUUUUAUCGGCAUGAAAGCCCACAAGGAAGUGCGUUGUUGGAUUUGGCACGUGUUUUUGUUGCUAGUGUUCGUAAGUGGAAAUGUAAAGUCUCGUCAAGAGUGGAGGAUUACUAUACUAAGGGUCAUGAUAUGAUGGUUCAACUGCUACCAGGAAAUAGAUUAAGGUUCUUCAAUCGUGCAGCUUUAAUAACUGAUGCAGACCUACAUUCAGAUGGCUCAGUUAAGAAAUCAUCAUGGAAGAUAUGCACUAUUCAACAAGUGGAAGAUUUCAAAAAAAUAUUUGGAAUCCUACCACUAUGGUCUUCAAGUAUAUUCCUAUCAACACCACUAGCAAUCCACAGUAGUUUAACUGUACUUCAAGCUUUAGUAAUGGAUCGUUCAUUAGGAUCCCAUUUCAAAAUCCCAGCUAGUUCAAUUGGUGUUACAGUUUUAGUAUCAAAUUCCAUUUUCAUCACCUUUCUUGACAGGGUGUUAUGGCCAUUUUGGCAAAAGGUUACUGGAAAAUCGCCUAGGCCACUCCGACAAAUAGGAGUCGGACACGUGUUGACUAUUCUUGGCAUGGCUGUGUCUGCUCUUGUUGAAUCAAAGAGGCUCAAAUUAGCACAUGGGCAUGUUUCCAUGUCUGUCUUAUGGUUGUUUCCACAAUUAGUGUUGGUUGGUAUUGAAGAAGCUUUUCAUUUUCCUGGACAAGUUGCUUUCUACUACCAACAAUUUCCACAGUCACUGAGGAGCACAUCAACUGCAAUGAUUUCAACCAUUAUAGGGAUUUCUUUUUACCUUAGUACUGCUUUAAUUGAUCAAGUUCGUAGGAGUACUGAGUGGUUACCUGAUGACAUAAAUCAUGGGAAGGUAGAUAAUGUUUACUGGAUGUUGGUCCUGUUAGGAGCUAUCAAUUUUGUGUAUUACUUACUGUGUUCUACUUCUUACAAAUAUGAAAAUGAUUAAGAGGAUGUAAUGUUAUGGCUGGAAUAAGUAGUAAUGAUAAUAAGUUAUUUUCUCCUACAUUUUACUAUGAAAAAA